AAAGUUACAUUUUUCCUCACAACAUGUCAACUCAACUCUAGUAGCAAACUCAAAGGGACAGACGAAUAUGAUGCCUGCUCUUAUAGCACCCCACUAUAGGAAAAGUCUACCUAGUUACAACAGUUUGUUCAUGACUCUUGGUAUUCACCAUGUUCCUUUUUCUUGUCUAUUUUUCAGCCUUUACUCAAUGUAUUGUCACUACUACUUGCCUUGAUCAUCAGUCUCCUUAUCACAAACACACUCUAGACACUGAUAAAUCUGCUCUUCUAGCCUUCAAAAGGGCAAUUUUGGUUGAUCCUCAACAAUCUCUUGCAAAUUGGAAUGAAUCCACCCAUGUUUGCCGAUUCAAUGGUAUCACUUGUAGAAACCGUCGUGUUUUCAAACUCGCCCUCGAAAGUUUAGGACUAAUGGGACGGCUUUCACCCAUGUUGUCGAAUCUGACAGGCCUCCGAAUGCUGAACUUAGCUGAUAACGACCUGUAUGGUUCGAUAGCAUCAGAUUUUUCUUCGCUUCGACAUCUGCACGAUCUUGCACUAGACGAAAAUAAUUUGCAGGGUAUGAUUCCAGACUCACUAUCGCUCAUUUCGAAUCUAACCUUAGUAUCAUUGUCGGGAAAUAAGAUAACAGGAAGACUUCCGGCUUCCCUGUUCGAAAACUGCACAUCACUAAAGAGUUUAGACGUUUCACAGAAUGAGUUAUAUGGUAUAAUACCAACAGAAAUAGGAAAUUGUGCACAAUUAUGGAACCUAAAUUUGUACAACAAUGAGUUUACGGGGAAGUUGCCAAUGUCGAUGAGAAAUAAUUCCGUUUUGUUGAAUGUUGAUAUAGAAUAUAACCAAUUCUCGGGUGAGCUGCCUAGGGAGAUUGUUGGUAAGCUUGGGUUAGUGUGGAAUCUGCAUUUAUCUUAUAACAAGUUUGUUAGUCAUGAUAAAAACACGAAUUUGUAUCCAUUCUUCGGGUCUCUUACAAACUGUACUAGCUUGAAAGAGCUUGAACUGGCUGGUAUGGGGCUUGGAGGUGAACUACCGAGCACAAUUGGGCAGCUUAAUCAGAAUCUUACAUCCCUUUUGCUGCAAGAAAAUCUUAUUUUUGGAUCAUUACCUUUACAUUUAGCAAAUAUUACCGGGCUUCUGCAGUUGAACUUGACGGGCAAUAUUCUGAAUGGAACAAUUUCCCGAGAGAUGAGUACACUUCCGCACUUGCAACAGCUUUUCUUAUCACAUAACUUCUUCACUGGUGAAAUCCCGGAGACUUUAGGAUAUUUUAAGCGUAUAGGUCUUCUCGAUCUGUCAUUUAACUUUUUCUUCGGUAGGAUCCCCGAAAGCUUUGGUAAUUUAGUUCAAAUCAAUUCUCUGUUUCUCAACAACAACCUGCUUUCAGGUGUCAUACCUCCUGCUUUAGGACACUGCACUGAUCUUUACAGGCUUGACUUAUCGUACAACAGAUUCACUGGGAUCAUUCCUCCCCAAAUAUCAGGUAUACGACAGAUUCGUAUAUUUUUGAAUCUCUCCCACAAUUUUCUCGAGGGACCUUUGCCUAUCGAGCUAAGCAAGAUGGAAAGUGUUCAGGAGAUCGAUCUUUCCUGCAACAAUUUUACCGGUACUGUCUUCUCCAAGAUUUCUAACUGUAUUGCUUUACGGGUAAUCAAUUUUUCUCACAAUUCUCUCCACGGAAACCUGCCUGACUCGAUGGGUGCUCUCAAGAACUUGGAAUCUCUUGAUGUUUCAUUCAACUUGCUGUCUGGAACCAUACCACUUAGCCUCAGCAGCAUCGAAAACCUGUCGUUUCUCAACCUUUCAUACAAUGAUUUCCGCGGAGAAAUUCCCACCGGAGGAAUCUUCAAUGUCGCUAAAUCUGAUUCUUUUCUGGGCAAUCUGCAUUUAUGUGGGUAUGAAUCAGAAAAACCGACUUGCACACAAGAGAAACGGUCCCAUCUGCGAGUAAUACUGAUCGUGAUAUCAAUCGUCAUCUCGGUGACAGGCUCGUUUAUAGUAUGUUUCCUCGGUAUCACUUUCUGCAGCACAAGAACAAGUUUCAUACAGCGUACAGAAAGAACACGAAAGUUUUCACAUGAUUUAGUGUAUAAUAUCCCGAGAAUCACAUAUAGAGAGCUCGCAGAUGCUACUAACGGAUUCCAUGAUGAGAAACUCAUAGGUUCGGGUAGCUUUGGGCGUGUGUACAAGGGCGUUCUUCCAGAUGGAAUGAACGUUGCUGUCAAAGUCAUAGAAUCGCAAAGUGGAAACUCGAGUAAGAAUUUUUACCGAGAAUGUCAAGUAUUGAAAAGGAUUAGACAUCGAAAUCUGAUGCGAAUAAUCACUGCUUGCAGUCUAUCAGAUUUCAAAGCACUUGUUCUUCCUUUGAUGGCAAAUGGAAGCUUGGAAACCCAACUGUAUGAGAAUCAAGGAAAUUUGAGCUUGAUACAAAGAGUGAACAUAUGCAGUGAUGUAGCUGAGGGAAUGGCUUAUCUGCACCAUUACUCUCCGGUUAGAGUCAUACAUUGUGACUUGAAACCGAGCAACAUUCUCCUUAAUGACGAGAUGACAGCUUUAGUAUCUGACUUUGGAAUCUCUAGACUUGUUGUCAAUACUAAUGUGGCAAAUGUAGUCGAUACAAGAAACUCGGGAAACUCUACUGGAAAUGUCUUGUGCGGAUCCAUUGGAUACAUAGCACCAGAAUAUGGAUGUGGGGCCAACAUAUCAAUGAAGGGAGAUGUUUAUAGCUUUGGAAUAGUAGUUUUGGAAAUUAUAAGUAGAAUGAAACCUACAGAUGAGACGUUUGUGGGUGGUUUAAGCCUACACAAUUGGAUAAAAAGUCAUUACAAUGGAAGAUUAGAAAGAGUAAUUGAUCCUGUUUUGUUAAGAGCAUUAAAGGGACAGACAUCUGAUAUAAAAAGAAUAUGGGAAGUUGCAAUCUGUGAACUUAUUGAGCUUGGAAUCAUUUGCACACAAGACUCUCCUACAAGUAGACCAACAAUGGUUGAUGCUGCGGAAGAUUUAGAUCGUCUGAAACGAUAUAUGAACGGCGAUAACACGACAACUUUUGCAUCUUCACUUGGAAUAUCUUCCUCUUUCUUUGAUGAAAAUUGAAAAUAUGGGUUAUUCUGAGUUGAUGCUCUAUGUAAACUGUUGAGUUUAAUAUGUUUUCUUUUUCUUGAUUAACAUCUUGUUAUGGAUUGAAACAUUUAGCUUUUAAUUGAGUUGGUUCUUUGACAUAGUA